AUGAGUGGUUACGAUAGGGCUUUAUCCAUUUUCUCGCCAGAUGGCCACAUUUUCCAAGUCGAGUACGCCCUGGAGGCAGUAAAGAGGGGUACCUGCGCUGUAGGUGUCAAGGGCAAGAAUUGCGUCGUAUUGGGUUGUGAAAGAAGAUCUACUUUGAAGCUACAGGACACCAGAAUCACACCUUCGAAGGUGUCCAAGAUCGAUUCGCAUGUGGUCUUGUCGUUUUCUGGUUUGAAUGCAGACUCCAGAAUUCUCAUCGAAAAGGCCAGAGUGGAGGCCCAAAGUCAUAGACUAACGUUGGAGGACCCUGUGACGGUAGAGUACCUGACACGUUACGUGGCUGGAGUGCAGCAGAGAUACACGCAGUCCGGUGGUGUCAGACCUUUCGGUGUGUCCACGCUGAUUGCCGGUUUCGAUGCAAGAGAUGACGAACCCAAACUUUACCAAACCGAACCAAGUGGCAUAUACUCGUCGUGGUCCGCCCAGACCAUUGGGAGAAACUCUAAGACGGUACGCGAGUUCUUGGAGAAGAACUACGAUCGCAAAGAGCCACCGGCCACCGUGGAAGAGUGUGUAAAGCUUACUGUAAGAUCGCUGUUGGAAGUUGUUCAAACAGGCGCCAAAAACAUCGAAAUCACCGUCGUCAAGCCGGAUUCAAACAUCAUUUCCUUGACCGGCGAGGAAAUCAAUGAGUAUGUCACCCAAAUAGAGCAAGAAAAGCAGGAGCAGCAAGAGCAGGACAAGAAGAAGAAGUCCAGCCAUUAA